CUCGUCGACUUGACUGGCUGGCCGCGAUAUCUCAGAGCCUCCUUGUGUCGAGCUCCCGAGUCACACCCUAUUCCCCUACUCUCAUUCCCCUAACCCCCCCCUUCGGCCCCGAUCACGUUCGCUUCCUUUCUACCACGAGCAGGAGGCGCAGUCAUCCUGUCUUCCUGCGGCUUCGGGGAGCAACAUGAUAUCCGCCACGCGGCAAUGGUUCCGCCGCAAUAGGACCCCCUUGGCUAUCGGGGCCGGUGUCGUUGGCGUCGGCUACCUAGCCACCCAAUAUGUCCUCAACAAGAUAAACAAUGCGCGCGAGCGCAUGAGCAGCGACCGGAUCGCGAAAGAAAAUCUGCGCCGGCGAUUCGAGCAGAAUCAAGAGGACUGCACCUUCACGGUCCUGGCGCUGCUGCCGACCGCCACCACGAAUAUCCUCGAGACGAUGAACACCGAAAAAAUCACCCUAGAGAUUCAGCAGAUGAAAGGUGGCACGAAGAAUCUGCGGGGUAGUGGGGAGUCGUCCGGUGCACCGCCUAGUAUUGCCGACACGAAUAUGACCGAAGAGGAAGGGAAGAGCACAGCGAGUUUGCAAAGCGAGAGCGGCGUUCACGCGAGCCAGAUGACAUUACCGCCCGCCUCUAGCCCGGCCGAUGGUGCUCCAUCCCAAACCCAAGAAGGUGGCUCGGAUGCCGGGCAAGCUGCCCCCAAGCCGAAAAAGACGAAAAGACAACUCUGGGAUGAUCUAACAAUAAGCUCUAUAACGCGCUCCUUCACGCUUCUCUACACCCUAGCCCUCCUUACCAUGCUCACCCGAAUCCAACUGAACCUCCUCGGCCGACGGAGUUACCUGUCCAGCGUCGUGUCGCUGGCCACGGGAGCAGCACAGUCGACCAUAAGCAUGGAGAAUCACGACGAUGACAACCAGGAGCAGGCCUACGGAAGCGACUUUGAGACCAACAGGAAGUACCUGACCUUCAGCUGGUGGCUGUUAAACCGUGGCUGGGUCGAGAUCAUGGAGAAUGUCGAGAAUGCUGUCCGGGAAGUCUUCGGACACCUGAGCCCGCGCGACCUCUUGAGCUUCGAUACCUUCUCGCAGCUCACGGUCGAGGUGCGGAGGAAGAUGGAGCGCAAGUCGGAGGCAGACGCUGCCAGCGGGAGACCGGGCGCCAGGUGGCUGCCAUACCUGUUACCCCCUGUCAAGAUGGAGGAUUUCGUCCUGAGGGAAUCGGGUGUCCUGGGAGACAGUGCUGCGGCUACCACCCAAACAGAAAGUGAGGCAUCCGCGGCGUCGUCGGUGGCUCUCCGUCGCCUCCUCGACGAGACUUCCGACCUGAUCGAGUCCCCCGCCUUCACUCACGUCCUCGGCCUGCUCCUCGAUGCCGGCUUCUCGACGCUCCUAUACCACAAGGUGUUGCAGGGCGCCUUCGAGCACCCCACGACCGCAUCCUCCUUCAUCAUGACGCCGGAGUCGUCGGCCAUCAUCGAGCUCACGUCCGACGCGGGGUCGAGCAAGUCGAGGGCCGUCCUGCUACCCAAGAUCCUGUCAGUGCUGACGCGGCAGGCCCACGCGAUCGGCAACGGCAUGCCCAACGAGUAUCUGCAGGGCAUGGAGCAGGUGCGGGACCUCGAGGCCUUUGCGGCCGUCGUGUAUUCGAGCAACUGGGAGAACGAGAUCCAGGACGAGGGGCUCGCCGCCGCCGCCGCCCGGCUCACCGCGACGGGGACCGGCCUGGCGUCGACGGACGAGACCACGGUCGCCUCUCUCGGCGCCGACGACAGCACCAUCGUCGCGCAGAACUCGCGCGCCCCCUCCGCCCUCGGCACCGGCGACGGUGGAAGCGUCGUCAUAGUCGACCCGGUGCCGACGCAGGGCUCGUGGGAGAGCGCGUGGGAGAGGGCUGUCGAGGAGCGGAGGUGAGCGAGACUCUGAGCCGUCGGAGGUUGAGAGGACGAGGCCAGAGGCGGCAAGUCAAAUAAUGAAACCAAGACUUGGCCCCCCACUUCUCUCUUGGUGUUUUCCAUAGGAACAACGGAACCCCCCCAC